AUGGCAGCGGAUGGGAUCACCACGGCGCCGGCGCCGGCGCCACCGCGCCAGUCGGCCUCGUCUCCUCCCACCGUCGGGACGCUCCUCACCAGGGCCUCCGCGGCCGGCGAUCGCCACCGUGGGUGCUCCUCGCCGCGGUCGCUGCUGUCGCGCAUCCUCCACAGGGGCCGCGGCGGCGGCGGGUUUGGAUGCCGGCUCCGCCUCCUCCCGCGCUACUGCGCCAGCGCCAACGCCGCGGCGGCCAAGGAGGACGCCGUCGCCGUCGCCACCGCUGGAACCGCCGAAGCCGCAAAGCAUGAGGAGGAGGACAAGCCGGCGCGUCGCGAGCCCGGGUCCCCUCGGAGUUCUCUUGGGAAGGACGCGCUGCCGGCGAGCCUGGGCCUGGGCGCCAGCCUGGUGCUACUGCUGUCCAAGAGCGCGGCGGAGCUGGGCAGGAUGGCGGAGCUGCGCGCCCAGAUGGAGCGCCUGCUCCUCGACGCCAGGGCGGACGUGCGGAGCUGCAACGGCCGACCCAGCGCCUCCGUUGACCGCACCACCGACUGCGCCAGCGUCGUCAAGGGGCCCGUCGCCCGCUCUGGAGGCGAUGGUUCGCGGGCGGGCACGGCCGCCCCGGCGAGCCGUCGGGCGCGCGAAGACGGCGGGCGCCGUGACAUGGACCGGAUGGAAGCUGAGCUUGAGGCGGAGCUGUCGCUCUUGCAGUUGCAGCGAGCUUCGGACGUCGAGGACGACAGUCCUCGUCUCCGACGGCGUGAUGAUCAGCUCGAGCUGCAUGAGGCCCCGAAGAGCAGCGCCUCCUCGGGGAGCCGCUCGACGAUCUUCUCCGACUCCGACAACGACGACGGGGAGACAGACAACGGCGGCGGUGGCGACGAGAGCCAAGACCGCGACGACGACGAAGAAGAGGUGGACGAGGACGAGGACGACGAGCGCGACGCAGAUGAGGGGAACGGGAUCAAGAGCCCGCCCCACGGCGGCGUGUCGGCACGCGAGCUGGAGCGGAGACUGCACCAGCUGCUGCAGUCGCGGCACGAGGCGCGGAUCGCGGAGCUGGAGUCGGCGCUGGAGCGCGCGCGGCAGAAGCUGCGGGAGACGGAGCGCGAGGCGUGCCGGUGGCGCGACACCGCCAAGCUCGCCACCCGCUUCGCCGACGAGUCGAGGCUCAGGUAG